AUGGCUUCUGAGCAUGCCUACAAGGAUAUUUUGACAAGUCUUCCUAAACCUGGAGGUGGAGAGUAUGGAAAAUACUACUCGUUACCAGCUUUAAACGAUCCAAGAAUUGACAAGCUGCCAUACUCUGUGAGGAUACUGUUGGAAUCGGCAAUUCGUAACUGUGACAACUAUCAAGUCACAAAGGAUGACGUUGAGAAAAUCCUUGACUGGGAGAAUACAUCUACUAAGCAAGUUGAAAUCGCCUUCAAGCCAGCCCGUGUUAUUUUGCAGGACUUUACUGGAGUACCAGCUCUAGUUGAUCUUGCUUCUAUGAGGGACGCGGUGAAGAAUCUUGGUAGUGAUCCUAACAAGAUUAACCCCUUGGUCCCUGUUGAUCUUGUCGUUGAUCACUCAGUCCAAGUUGACUUUGCAAGGUCAGAAGAUGCCGCACAGAAAAAUAUGGAGCUUGAAUUCAAGAGGAACAAAGAAAGAUUUGCGUUCCUUAAAUGGGGUUCAACAGCAUUCCAAAACAUGCUGGUCGUUCCUCCUGGGUCUGGGAUUGUCCAUCAGGUCAACUUGGAAUACCUUGGACGUGUUGUUUUCAACUCGGGGGGAUUUCUCUACCCUGAUAGCGUUGUUGGAACCGAUUCCCACACCACUAUGAUCGAUGGACUAGGAGUCGCUGGGUGGGGUGUUGGAGGAAUUGAGGCAGAGGCAGCAAUGCUCGGUCAGCCCAUGAGCAUGGUGUUACCUGGCGUGGUUGGAUUUAAGUUGGAUGGAAAGUUGAAGGAAGGGGUUACUGCUACUGAUUUAGUUCUCACUGUGACCCAAAUAUUAAGGAAGCAUGGUGUUGUCGGCAAGUUUGUUGAAUUUUACGGUGAGGGGAUGAGUGAACUUUCACUGGCUGAUAGAGCCACAAUUGCAAAUAUGUCUCCCGAGUAUGGAGCAACUAUGGGUUUCUUCCCAGUGGACCAUGUUACACUGGAGUACCUGAAGUUGACAGGAAGAAGCGACGAAACUCCCCAGCAAGAAAGAGCGUACUCAUCUUACUUGCAAUUGGAUUUGGGACAUGUUGAACCAUGUAUAUCUGGGCCUAAAAGACCUCAUGACCGUGUGACUCUGAAAGAUAUGAAGGCUGACUGGCAGGCAUGCCUUGACAACCCUGUUGGAUUCAAGGGUUUUGCAGUGCCAAAAGACAAACAAGACGAAGUUGUGAAGUUCUCAUUCGAAGGACAACCUGCUGAGAUCAAGCAUGGUAGUGUUGUUAUUGCGGCAAUUACGAGUUGUACAAACACAUCAAACCCUAGUGUCAUGAUCGGGGCUGCACUCGUUGCAAAAAAAGCUUUUGAUCUUGGCCUGAAGGUGAAACCAUGGGUUAAGACAAGUCUUGCUCCAGGGUCUAGAGUUGUCGAGCAAUAUUUGGAUCGAAGUGGACUCCGAGAGUCACUGAACAACCAAGGAUUCCAAAUUGUCGGCUACGGUUGCACAACAUGCAUUGGGAAUUCUGGCGACCUUGAGAAAUCAGUUGCAGCUGCUAUAGAAGGAACUGAUAUCAUUCCGGCUGCUGUGCUCUCUGGGAACCGAAACUUUGAAGGCCGUGUUCAUCCACAAACAAGAGCUAACUAUCUUGCGUCACCACCAUUAGUUGUUGCUUAUGCUCUUGCCGGAACGGUUGACAUUGAUUUUGAGAAAGAGCCUUUAGGAACUGGAAAGGAUGGCAAAAGUGUGUACCUGAGGGACAUAUGGCCAAGCAAUGAGGAAGUUGCUAAGGUUGUUCAAUUUAGCGUGCUACCAAGCAUGUUCAAGAGCUCGUACGAGACAAUAACAGAGGGAAAUCCCUUGUGGAAUGAACUUUCUGCACCGGGCUCGACGUUGUAUUCUUGGGAUCCAAACUCCACGUACAUUCAUGAACCUCCGUAUUUCAAGAAUAUGACUGCAAAUCCACCUGGUGCUCGUGAAGUGAAGGAUGCGUACUGCUUACUGAACUUUGGAGACAGCGUAACAACAGAUCACAUCUCUCCAGCAGGAAAUAUCCAAAAAAGUAGUCCUGCUGCAAAGUUUUUAAUGGAGCGUGGUGUGAGUCAAACUGACUUCAACUCAUAUGGAAGUCGAAGGGGAAACGAUGAGGUGAUGGCUCGUGGUACCUUUGCCAACAUUAGGAUCGUUAACAAGCUCUUAAAAGGAGAAGUUGGCCCCAAGACUGUUCACAUUCCGACUGGAGAGAAACUUAGCGUUUUUGAUGCAGCAAGUCGAUACAAGACCGCUGGACAGGAUACGCUCAUUCUGGCUGGUGCUGAAUAUGGAAGUGGUAGCUCUCGGGAUUGGGCUGCAAAGGGUCCCUUGCUUUUGGGAGUGAAAGCUGUGAUUGCCAAGAGCUUCGAGAGAAUCCACCGCAGCAACUUGGCUGGUAUGGGGAUCAUUCCCCUGUGUUUCAAGGCCGGUGAGGACGCAGAAACCCUUGGACUGACUGGUCACGAACGCUACACAGUCCACCUUCCUACCAAAGUCAGUGACAUUAGACCCGGUCAAGACGUCACUGUUACCACUGACACUGGCAAAUCAUUUGUUUGCACUCUCCGGUUUGAUACAGAGGUGGAACUGGCGUACUAUGAUCACGGCGGUAUUCUUCCCUACGUCAUCCGGAGUUUGAGCACCAAGUGA